AUGACGAUGAAGUGGGUAUUACUUUUAGUGUACAUGUUCCCAAUGCCGGAUUCGUCAGUCAAUGCUUGUGGGGAGCUUCUGACGGAUACGUUCGGCGUCAUCACGAGCCCCAACUACCCAAAGGAUUACGUCAACAACAUUACUUGUGAAUGGAUCAUCGACGCACCAGAGAGCAGCCGGAUCAAUGUGGAGUUUACAGACUUCGCAUUGGAGUUUCAUUACCAGUGCGCAUAUGACUACGUGGAGCUCUUCGAUGGGCAUAACGCCUCCUCUCUGUCAAUCGGGAAGUUCUGUGGCGCCACAGCGCCACCUAGUGGUUUUGAGUCGCAGUCGAGCUCUGUCCGUAUUGUCUUCUUCACAGACGCCACCAAUACAGCGAGGGGUUUCAGACUUUCUUUCUCCAGACAAGGUAGCAGUCAUUAUAAGAAUGUUUUCGUUUGCACGUCAAUUAAAGAAGACAAAUGUUCGAAAUCGAAAUCUGAUCUUCAUUAG